UUGGGUUUGGCGUGCUACUCGUGUGUUUCGGUGAGCGGGAGCAACCGGGAGUGCGAGGACCCGAUGCACGGCUCGGUGCACGUUGAGGCGCCGUGUCGACAGGGCCAGCCCGGCCACGAGGGUCUGGGCUACGCGCGCUACUGCGUCAAGAUCAAGGGUCGUCGAGUGGCCGACGGCCAGCAGAUCUACAUCCGACGCUGCUCCAUGCAAAAACUCGGCGGCAUAAACACGCACUGCGGACAGUUCCGGCUGUCGGACGAGCUCUACCGCGGGUUCCUUACCGUCCCAAAGACAAGUGAGUACAAAUACUUUCAAAAAAGAUUGCAAGAAGAGAUUAUUAAAAAGUCAAAAGCCUCCGUUAAAGAUGAAGAAAUUGAAGCAAGCAAAGUUGAAUAUAAACUUUCUGAUAUUGAGCUUCCCCCUGAAAAACCGCAACCAAAAAUCGACCAGAAUAAGAUCAAACCAGAAGCCCCACCAGCCCUAAAACUCGAGGACUCUGCCGUCCCAGUAAAAUCAGAGGAGCCUGCCGCUCCUCCUCCACGAAAGAGAAAAUCUAGGUGGGAUUCCGAACAGCCCGCAAAUCCUGAAAACAGUUCCGAGCUCACGCAUGAGGAUGUUCUAGCCUCUGCUAUUGCGGCUGCAAAAGCUGCCGCGCAAUUGGCUGCGUCCGGCACGGCCGUCGCACGACAGUUCACUGGUGGAGCAGUCCUUAGUGAUGAACAAAUCAAACAAAUUCAGUACCAGAAGGAGCUUCAAGCAAUGCACGAAUUCAUAUUAGCCCAACAGCGGCUGAAAAUGCAGGAGCAGCAGCUUAUGGAUUCCAUCGAAGGUGUGAAGUACACUAAAGCGCCUAAGGUUAACAAGGACGGGCUGGUAAUCAAGUACGAAUAUGACUCCGACGAGGACUGUGAAGGUGGAACGUGGGAGCACAAGCUCAGAGCCUCUGAAAUGGAGGCCACGCGAGAGUGGGCCGAGAAGCUAACCGAGAUGGGACAAGGCAAACACCACAUUGGUGACUUCCUUCCGCCAGAUGAGUUGGACCGGUUUAUGGAAACUUAUCACGCCUUGAAAGAGGGUCGCGAACCCGAUCACAGUGAAUACAAGCGGUUCAAGCUUACCUGCGAAAACGUCGGCUUCCAGAUGCUGGAGAAAAUGGGCUGGAAAGAAGGAGAGGGCCUGGGAGCUUCUGGUCAGGGCAUCAUCAAUCCAGUGGGCAAGGGCAACGUUCAUGUGGACGGCGUUGGGCUUGGUGUUGAGCGUCCGGCAAACUUGACUGUAAAUGAUGACGAGUUCGAGGCAUACCGUAAGCGCAUGAUGCUCGCCUACCGAUUCCGCCCCAAUCCGCUGGUAAGUUUGCUCAUCAUAUUCGUGUUUUACGUCACACAACCCGUCAUGUCGGAUGUCCAAAGCCAAACCACUGACAGCCGGAUGCCUCCAUCAACCGGACAGUAUAGUUGCCUGAAGUGCAAAAAGCCCAUACUUCUUUCUCCUGACUUGGAAAAUCUCCGCAACUCUGACCUCUCGUUCAUUCUAGGCGCCGAGGUUGUCGGCUUCCAGUUCGCCCAUGCGACGUCCACACUUCCGCUCUUUGAACUUCGUCCACUGCCUCCAUGUGGUUAG